AUGCCGACUCGUCGUACAAUUGCGUUAAGAUCGACUACUUUCCUGAUGAGGGCUAUCAACCGGAUCCACACGACUCAACAGCAGCAAUACCCUGUAAAUACCGUCACCAAGUCCUGUCCGAUUUUCCUGGCUGCCGGUGUAUUUUUGGUGAUCAGCUUUAUAGUCUUCCUAAUACCCACAUGCUCGCAUCGAAAUAAUUUGUAUUAUUUCAGCGCCGGGAUUCUCUUUAUUGUUAGCGGUCUUGUGAUGCUAAUCGGCCUGAUUGCCUAUAUCUCAAUACUAAAGGCGGAAAUCGGUUCGAAACUCAGACCCCGCUCCACCCUCCAGCCCGCCCUCAUCAAGGUCUCCUACGGCCAAAGCUUCUUCCUCUUUGUCUUCGGUUUUAUUGUCACGGAAUUCGUUGGUGUCCUCAACAUUUUUCUCUUCAUCAACUUGCAAGAGGUCAGCUACUAUAAUCCACCUCUUGAUUCGUAA